AUGGCUACCUCGCUUUCCUCGCGCUGCCUUACGCCGGCAUCAGGCGUCGCAGAUGUCGAAUUGAGGAGCUCGUUUGUCGGUUCCCAGGUUUCGCUCGCUCAGGCGAAGCCGUGUGUGGUAACCGCGUUUCGCGGCGCGGGUGUCAGAUGCGAGGCUGGUUCUGCUCGGCAGCGAAAGCACAACGUGUCGGCGAACGCUCAAGCGGUUGAAGCGGAGGGAGCGACACAGACGCUGAACAUUGCUGAGGAUGUUACACAGCUCAUUGGCAGCACGCCCAUGGUGUAUCUCAACAAGGUUGUUGACGGCUCCCUGGCAACCAUCGCAGGGAAGCUCGAGAUCAUGGAGCCUUGCUGCAGCGUCAAGGACAGAAUCGCGUACAGCAUGAUCAACGACGCCGAGGAGCGAGGGGUGAUCGCUCCAGGCAAGAGCGUGCUGGUGGAGCCGACGUCGGGCAACACGGGCAUCGGCUUGGCGUUCAUAGCAGCGGCGAGGGGCUACAAGCUCGUCCUCACCAUGCCCGCCUCCAUGAGCCUCGAGCGCCGCGUGCUGCUCAAGGCCUUCGGGGCCGACCUCGUGCUCACGAACCCCGCCAAGGGCAUGAAGGGCGCUGUUGCUAAGGCGGAGGAAAUUGUGAAGAGCACCAAGAACGCGUACAUGCUGCAGCAGUUCGAGAACCCGGCGAAUCCCAAGGUGCACUUUGAGACUACGGGGCCUGAGAUCUGGGAGGACACUAACGGGCAGGUGGACAUCCUUAUAGCGGGGAUAGGCACGGGCGGCACCGUCACUGGCGUGGGGCGCUACCUGCGCAGCAAGAAGCCCGGCGUCAAGAUCAUCGGUGUGGAGCCCAAGGAGAGCGCCAUUCUCUCCGGUGGCAAGCCAGGCCCGCACAAGAUCCAGGGCAUUGGAGCUGGGUUCGUGCCAGGCAUUCUGGACGUGGGGCUGCUGGACGAGGUCAUUCCGGUGAGCAGCGAUGACUCGGUGGCCAUGGCCAAGGACCUUGCAGUCAAGGAGGGAUUGCUGGUGGGAAUCUCGUCAGGAGCGGCGGUGGUGGCGGCGCUUCAAGUGGCCAAGCGGCCUGAGAACGCCGGCAAGCUGAUUGUGGUGGUGCUGCCGAGCUUUGGCGAGCGCUACCUGUCGUCAGUGCUCUUCUCGGCCCUGCGGACAGAGGCAGAGCAGAUGACACCCUCUCCAAUGGAGAGCGAGCGCGAGAAGCGGAAGCGGGAAUGGGCGGCGAAGUCGCUAGCGGAGGCGGAGGAGCGGCGAGUGCGGAAGGCGGUGCGCGCGGCGCUGGGCAAGGCGGAGAGCGCGAGGAGCGACGAGGAGAUCCAGCUGCUGGAAGCCAACGGUCAAAUCGCACGCGAGGAGGAGGACCCACCAGAGCAAGUAGAGGCGAAGCUUCAGCAGCUGCUGCGGCUUGUGCUGGAGUGUCAGCAAUUCGGAAAAGCGGGGGACAACAGCCAAACAGCAGCAACAGGGACGGCAGCAGCAGCCGCAGCAGGAGCAGCAGCAGCCGCAGCAGAGGCAGGGGCAAUAAGAAUAAGAGGGGGGUUAGGGACAGUGAGAGGGGGACUGGUGGUUCACAGUGGGGCGGGGCUGAGCACAGCAGCAGGCAUCCCGGACUUUAGAGGGCCGAAGGGCGUGUGGACGCUGCAGGGGGAGGGAAGGUGGGAGGAAGCUGUGGCAGCCAUGGGGAGAAAGUACGAGGAAGCUUCGCCCACGGUGGGGCACAUGGCUGUGGCAGCGAUGGUGGGAGCUGGCAUAGUGCAGCACGUGGUGACUCAGAACGUGGACGGCCUUCACUCCAGAAGCGGCAUUCCAUCCAACCGGCUAUCGGAGCUGCACGGGUCAGUGUAUCGGGAGAGGUGCAAAGAGUGCGGGGCCAAGUACCUGCGUCCGUUUGAUGUCACUGCGGCUAGAGGGUCGUCAUAUCACCGCCACAAGACCGGACGGCUGUGCACUGCAGUGGCUGCUGCUGCUAAAUUUCCGCAUCCUGAAGUUGACGUAUCGGCCAGGGAGAAGUGGAAUGGGAGAGAGGGGAACGAGGCGCAAGAGGAGGAGGAGGUGAAGCAGCAGGGAGUGCCAUGUGUUCAGAACCCUGUGCAAAUCCCUGUUCGGAAGCCGAGAAGUUCUGCAGCAGAGCGAGCUCGAAUGUCUCAGACAUGCACAGGCGGAGGGGGCCGUGUGAAGGAGGAGAACCAGGAGGUGCUGUCUGGUGAGGGGAGGCAGUGGCAUGAACCUGGAGCAGUGAGUUUGGAGUCAAUGCAAAAGCCAGCUCAGAUGUCCACAGGCGGAGGGGGAAGUGUGAAAGAGGAGAGCCAGGAGGUGCUGGGGUGUGAGGGUAGUAAGAGGCAUGAACCUGGCAGGGCGAGUUUUGAGUUGACUCAAAAGUCAGCUCAGAUGUCCAUAGGAGGAGGGGGCAGUGUGAAAGAGGAGAGCCAGGAGGUGCUGGUGGUGGGUGAGGGGAGGAAGUGGCAUGAACCUGGAGCGGUGACUUGUAAUUCUGACGGAAGUCCUGGAGUGGUCAUUGGAAGGGAGGAGCAUGAGGAGGAUCAAGAGGGUGAUUCAACGAUGGGCGAGAAGGGAGAUGUGAGGGGAUAG